CAAACAAGACAAAGUCCUCACUCUUAGAAGCUCCCGGUGAGGCGGCUGAGAUGGCCCAGGAAAGAAUUAUAUUACCGUCGAAAAGGGAGGUAUUAUCUUCAAAACGCGAUGUUUGAGGUGGCAUGAAGCUCAGUGGUGUUAUAUUGGAAUGAGUGACCAUCCUGGAGGCUUCCUGAAAGAGGAUUGGAACAUCAGUUAACAUCUGACCACUGCCAGCCCACCCCCUCCCACCCGCGUCGAUCGCAUCUCUGGGCUCCAGGGAUAAAGCAGGUCUUGGGGUGCACCAUGAUUUCACCAUUCUUAGUACUGGCCAUUGGCACCUGCCUUACCAACUCCUUAGUGCCAGAGAAAGAGAAAGACCCCAAGUACUGGCGAGACCAAGCGCAAGAGACACUGAAAUAUGCCCUGGAGCUUCAGAAGCUCAACACCAACGUGGCUAAGAAUGUCAUCAUGUUCUUGGGAGAUGGGAUGGGCGUCUCCACAGUGACGGCCACCCGCAUCCUCAAGGGUCAGCUCCACCACAACCCUGGGGAGGAGACCAGGCUGGAGAUGGACAAGUUCCCCUUCGUGGCCCUCUCCAAGACGUACAACACCAAUGCCCAGGUCCCUGACAGCGCCGGCACCGCCACCGCCUACCUGUGUGGGGUGAAGGCCAACGAGGGCACCGUGGGGGUAAGCGCAGCCACCGAGCGUUCCCGGUGCAACACCACCCAGGGGAACGAGGUCACCUCCAUCCUGCGCUGGGCCAAGGACGCUGGGAAAUCUGUGGGCAUUGUAACCACCACGAGAGUGAACCAUGCCACCCCCAGCGCCGCCUAUGCCCACUCAGCUGACCGGGACUGGUACUCAGACAACGAGAUGCCUCCUGAGGCCUUGAGCCAGGGCUGCAAGGACAUCGCCUACCAGCUCGUGCAUAACAUCAGGGACAUUGACGUGAUCAUGGGGGGUGGCCGGAAAUACAUGUACCCCAAGAAUAAAACUGAUGUGGAGUAUGAGAUUGACGAGAAAGCCAGGGGCACGAGGCUGGACGGCCUGGACCUCGUUAACAUCUGGAAGAGCUUCAAACCGAGACACAAGGUAGCCUGUGUUGGGGCCAUGUGGCUGCCGAGGUGGCCUUUGAUGCACUCCCACUUCAUCUGGAACCGCACGGAACUCCUGACCCUUGACCCCCACAAUGUGGACUACCUAUUGGGUCUCUUUGAGCCGGGGGACAUGGAGUACGAGCUGAACAGGAACAACGUGACGGACCCGUCACUCUCCGAGAUGGUGGUGGUGGCCAUCCAGAUCCUGCGGAAGAACCCCAAAGGCUUCUUCUUGCUGGUGGAAGGAGGCAGGAUCGACCACGGGCACCAUGAAGGCAAAGCCAAGCAGGCCCUGCACGAGGCGGUAGAGAUGGACCGGGCCAUCGGGCAGGCAGGCAGCAUGACCUCCUUGGAAGACACUCUGACCGUGGUCACCGCGGACCAUUCCCAUGUCUUCACCUUUGGUGGAUACACCCCCCGUGGCAACUCUAUCUUUGGUCUGGCCCCCAUGCUGAGUGACACAGACAAGAAGCCCUUCACUGCCAUCCUGUAUGGCAAUGGGCCCGGCUACAAGGUGGUGGGCGGUGAACGAGAGAAUGUCUCCAUGGUGGACUAUGCUCACAACAACUACCAGGCGCAGUCUGCUGUGCCCCUGCGCCACGAGACCCACGGCGGGGAGGAUGUGGCCGUCUUCUCCAAGGGCCCCAUGGCACACCUGCUGCACGGCGUCCAUGAGCAGAACUACAUCCCCCACGUGAUGGCGUAUGCAGCCUGCAUCGGGGCCAACCUCGACCACUGUGCCCCUGCCAGCUCGGCAGGCAGCCUUGCUGCAGGCCCCCUGCUGCUCCCCCUGGCCCUCUUCCCCCUGAGCAUUCUGUUCUGAGGGCCCAGGGCCCGGGCACCCACGAGCCCGUGACACGCCAACUUCCCACUCCCCAGUGCUGCCCACCGCCCGGCAGCCCACCCCGCAAGGGGCAGGGAGGUGGGGGCCUCCUCAGCCUCUGCAACUGCGAGAAAGGGGACCCAGGAAACCAAAGUCUGCCGCCCACCUCGCUCCCCUCUGGAAUCUUCCCCGAGGGCCAAACCCACUUCUGGCCUCCAGCCUUUGCUCCCUCCCCGCUGCCCUUUGGCCAACAGGGUAGAUUUCUCUUGGGCAAGCAGAGAGCACAGACUGCAGAAAUUCUCAAAGCCUCUUAUUUUUCUAGCAAACAUAUUUCUCCAGACCCAGAGGCCCUGAAGCCUCCAUGGAACAUUCCGGAUCUGACCCUCCCACUCUCAUCUCCUUCCCUCUAGAACCCCCCAGGCCCUACCAUGCUCAUGUCCCUGUCCUCGGGCCCAGCCCUUCUUCAGGGGAGAUGAGGUCUUUCUCCUCAGGACAAGGCCUCGCUCACUCACUCCAAGGCCACCGGGGUCCCAGGAAGCUGGUGCCUGGGUGGCCAUCCUACCCGGCGUGGCCCAGGCCAGGAAGAGCCACCUGGCAGGGCUCACACUCCUGGGCUCUGAACACGCAUGCCAGCUCCUCUCUGAAGCGAUUCUCCCGUUUGGAACGGCAAAGAAAAUUUUUUUUCUCUUUUUGGUGGUGGUUAAAAGGGAACACAAAACAUUUAAAUAAAACUUUCCAAAUAUUUCUGAGGACA